AUGCGUGUGAGCGUGACCCCGGUGAAACCAGUGGCGCGGCAGCAUGAGCGAUCGGCGUCAUGCUUCAAUUUCCGGAGAACUGAUGGCGUUCUUGAGGUUCGCGAUGCGCUGUGCAGAAACCCCUCGAGUAGAUCGUUCGGCACCUUCGCCGAGCUGGCAGACGCGGGGAGACGGAGUCAGGACAAAAGCCAAGACCUGAAUCGGUUGACAGCAGCCGAUCGCUACAUCAUCGAGUACCUGACCAAUCAGUACCACAAGGACUAUCCCGUAGAGGAAGCGGAGAUUGUUGACGACCGGCUAUCGUCACGAAGAACGAGUGUUUCUAUGAGACAUCAACCCUUGGAUACGUCCCCUUUCGUGACUGUCCGGGACAUCAUUGGGCCUUCAGCGUGGUGUCUGAUCCUGAUGGUGGCCAUGAUCGUUGCCGACAUCGGGACCACGGUCUCGUACCACGCACAAGACGAGAUCGAAAUGUUCCGUUGGUGUCUUCUAAUUCCUCAUAUCGUCUGCAUCGUUCUCUUGUUCGAGCGUUUGUGUGGACUGCGAAGAACGUCUGGUUAUCUCGUUUCGAUAGUCGCGACUCUCUGGUAUAUUUUCACCGCACCAUUGCUCCGGUUCCUCCCGGUCCUGACGCUGAUGACUGCGACUUUUGACAAAGUGUUGAUGCUGAGCGGUGAUCCGACGGAUACCACGGAGUUCGUCAACAGGCACGAAUGGCACGCUUUCAAUGAUUUGGUCUGGAUCGGAGCAUUGUACUGCGUCCCAAUGGCGAGCUUUCAACUUUAUGCUUGUCUUCUGACGAAAGUCUCCAAGGGAGAGCCCACUCUACUGACUUUCCAAUUGGUGUCCAUAUGCUGCGGAACGCUCCUCGCUUCAGUUAUCGCGGCCGUGUAUUCGUUUUCUAUCCGUCGAGGAUCUUCAGAGCGCCAGAGUUUCUCUCAGCAGCUGUUGGUCCCCACAAUCGAUCGGCCGACGGCGGGUUACGUGAUAACAAGGAUUUUCGCCUGGUUCGUCACUAUCAGCUCAAAAGUUUUGAUUAUCGCGGUUCUGAUCAAGUUGAUCGGUCCACCUCUGGCCAUCUUGGUGCUUCUGGUGAGCCGAAUACCCAUGGUACUGCUGAUUUCACUAGUGAGUGAAAUCACAUGGUCCGUGGGUGAUGUCAUCACCGUUGCGAUGCUCUCCCCGACGUAUCUGGUCGCGUCUUCGAAACUCGGACCCGUACGAGACUGCAUCGAGAAGCCUCGGAUCGCAAUCCUGCACUCUGGGGCAUGCCUCGUCGAAGCGGCUAGUGUUCUCCUAGCUGCACUCCUACUCGACGCUUUUCCUGCGGAACGUGUGAUUCAGAUGGCUCUUUUCGAAGGAGCAAUGCUCUUCCUGGCUUCUCUGCUGUUCUUCCUGUCGCAUCGGAUUUACCUGAACAGCAUGGCCUCGAUCAAGAUCUGA